AUGAGUGGAGGGGUGGUGGUGGGGGGAGCUGGGGGCGGGGGGGCGGGGGUGGAGAAGGGAGGGAAGGUGAGAUGCUCUCGCAGACUCUGGGUGCUGUUGGGAACGCUGGUCCUCAUCUUCCUCACCUCGCUCUUCCUGUCCGUGUCGCUGCGGGGGGGCGUGGGCUUCAGCUACCUGGAGCCGCCCGGCUGGGAGGAGUCCCGGCGGGUCAAGCUGGUUCCUAGCUACACGGGGGCUCACCGGCAGGCCCCCCCCGACGCCCCGCUGCAGAGGACGUGUGCCUGCCCCCGCUGCGUUGGAGACCCCGGAGUCUCGGACUGGUUUGACGAGAACUUUGACCCGGAUAUCUCUCCGGUCUGGACCAGAGACAACAUGCAGCUGCCCCCGGACGUCUACUACUGGUGGGUGAUGUUGCAGCCCCAGUUUAAACCUCACAGCAUCCAGCAGGUGCUGCUCAGACUAUUCCAGGUGAUUCCCGGAAGGUCGCCGUACGGCUCCUGGGAUCCUGGACGGUGCCUCCGCUGCGCCGUGGUGGGGAAUUCCGGAAACCUCCGCGGUGCCGGAUACGGGGCGACCAUCGACAGACACAGCUACAUCAUGAGGAUCAACCUGGCGCCGACGGUGGGCUACGAGGAGGACGCCGGCAGCCACACCACACACCACUUCAUGUACCCGGAGAGCGCCAAGAACCUGGCGGCCAACGUCAGCUUCGUCCUGGUUCCCUUCAAGACUCUGGACCUGGUCUGGAUCACCAGCGCUCUGUCCAGCGGCCAGAUUCGAUUUACGUACGCUCCGGUGAAGCAGUUCCUCCGUGUCGAUAAAGACAGGGUCCAGAUCUUUAACCCGGCGUUCUUUAAGUACAUCCACGACCACUGGACCAGGCACCACGGCCGCUACCCCUCCACCGGCAUGCUGGUGCUGUUCUUCGCUCUGCACGUCUGCGACGAGGUGAACGUGUUCGGCUUCGGGGCGGACAGCCGGGGAAACUGGCACCACUACUGGGAGCAGAACCGCUACUCCGGGGAGUUCAGGAAGACCGGCGUCCACGACGCCGACUACGAAGCUCAGAUCGUCCAGCAGCUGGCCAAAGCCGGGAAGAUCACGGUGUUCCCGGGGAAAUGAGCGGCUCAGCCCCGUGGACGGACUUUACAGGCUGCUCACAGCUCAGAUAUUCUUACUGGCACCAGUUUGAGUUCCCAGUUGAAGGACAAGACAAUAUGAACCCAGAUGGGACUCAUGCUGUGAGAGGAACUGACACUCCGGCGGGGGGCGGGGGGUAAAACGGGGCUGCUGGUCUUUCCCUCCAUGGCUAAACAUCAGCAACAAUCAAACGCCACAAGUACUGCCUUUACAGCACUGAAUCAAAUGGACUUCCUCCUGUUUUGAGGGCCUUUUGACCCUCGUCACACACACCUGCUUCAGACUCUGGCCAUCGGCCUCCAGCCAUGUGGGGACAUGUUAAACCUUCCAGCCCCGGAUGUUGCAGAGGUUUGGAAGUAUCCAUCAGAUAGCUGAGCCUGCAGAACCUGGAUUGUGUCCGUGUUUUGUCUACUGUUCUUCUUUGGGGCAAAACAUAUCUUCAAAACGUCCUACUACCCACUUUAUGUGAGUCCCGCUGCAGGAAAUGCACCGAGGUGAACGGUGUGAGAUUCCUGGGAUGGUAGAAGGCUUCGGGUCUCCGGCGUCGGCCCCGAGCAGCAGAUCCAUCGGGACUCAGAGCGCUAACUGCAUGAGCUGCUGCAGCCUGCUGUUAAACACCAUGGCAACGCCAUCUUUCCUGGCACCAGACGGAGAGAUGUUGAUCUGGAUCUAAUGAGGCCAGUAGUCUUUCUCCAGGGAGUUCAUGUUGGGAUGGAGGGGCUAGUUUUUGGACUGGAGUUUCAUCAACAUUUGCUCUGUCAGGGUCUCAUAUAUA